AAACGUUUACACUUAAUGUUUACUUUUUAUAACUCAGAUUAAUUAAUAAUUAUUCAAUACCUAAUUUAAUAAUUUACCUAAUAUAAUACAAAAAUAAUUUAUGGAUUUUGACGAUGGAAAUAAUGUGUUCAGUCAGAAAAAAAUUGAUAUUAAUCAAUCAAAACGUCCAAAAUCACUGUUGACACAUACUGUUUCAACCAUUGUCGCCAAAGUAGUAACUGCUAGUAAGCUUGGAAACGACGAAUUAAUUCCUGUUGGUAAAUAUGGAUUUGCAUUAGCAGGAGAUGUAAUUCAGAAUUACUAUCAACUUUUGCUUUAUGGUAAUAAAAGUUCUGUUCUUGACAAUCUUAUUAUAACCAAAGAAUUCCAAUAUAAUGUAAAUGAAAAUAAUACAGUUCAAUUCCUAUCCAAAGAAAAUUGGUUAUUAGAAUUUUCUAACACCAAAGAUGCUGUAGACUUCAACUCGCAUUUAGCAUUUGUGUUAUGGAAACUCAAUGAGCCAAAAGAAUUAUUUUGGAUGGAUCUUUAUUAUCCUUCUCGUAAUAAAGUAGCAAUAUUUAGUAGUAUUGUUGAGAUUACGUAUGUUGCAAAUGUAGUUCAAGGUAAAAACUUUGGACCAGAAGUGUCUAAUAAUAUUAAAGAUAGUCAAUUUUUAAAAAUCAAAGUUAGUGAAAAAGGCUGGGAAAGAUCUUUGUUAGGAGUUAAUGACAACACUCAGAGGAUUGUUUAUAUUCCAGUUGCUGAAAUGGGUGCUUGGAAAAUUUUGACUGAUGGUCAUCAAUGCUUAUGUUUAACUAUAACAGUUAAUAAUGUUUAUGAAAUAAAAGAGAAAAAAAUAACCGAAUUAGGACAAGAAACUUUGGAGAUUACUGCCACCAGUAACUCUAUUCCAACUCAAUUAACAGAAAUUGUUGAUAAUAACCUCACCAUUGAACCUGGCAGUUCUUUGAAAACAGUUUCUAUUGAAUCACUCUACAAAGAAUUUGAAAAAUUGAAAUUUAAUAAUGUUGAAACCAAUGAACGAUUAUUGAAAUUAGAAGCAUUAGUAGAAGAAAAAAAACUGGACAAAAUAGAAACAUUAAAUAGUACUGAAUUAAAAAAAUUUAUCAAAAUUGUAUUCAAAAGUAUAAUACAAGAAUUUCCAAUUGAUCAAAAGUUUUCUGGGAGUGAAAUUCAAACAACAAUCAAAAAUAUUUUGACCAAUGCAUUCAAUGAUUUUGUAUAAUAAAAUUAAUUUCAUAAAUCAUUAAUGUUCUUUAAUCAGUUUUAUUUAAUUAUAUUAUAUAACUAAAUUUGUUAAAUAUUUAAUCAUAUAUGUAUAAAGUAA